CCAACAAGGAAGGUACAAGGGGCGGCCAUGCUGAUAAUUUCUACCUCCUCUGGCGCAUGGCGCGGCAUGCAGAAUUACUGUAGCUACCUGGCGCAACAUGCAGCAACUCCUCGACCUCAGCAAGACAGAUAUAUCUAUGGACAGAUCAAUAGACGGGCCAGAUGUUCUCCCAUCGCUUGAAGCCUUAGAUCACCUCAAUGACAAGUGUGGCCUAGCAAGCGCCUCUUUGCCAGCCGUUUAGGCCUAUAUAGUAUGAAGCAGAUGAUGGAAACAAAUUCACACUGAAAUAUUAUAGAAAACGUUGACACAUCAAACCUGCGACUUCCAACGUGACCCAAUUGUUCGAAUGCCCCUUCACUGAAUCAGGGGAUCGAUCCGUCGCAUCAUCUACCAACCAACCAACCAAUUGCUAAGGAAGAGGUCAACGUAUACAGCUCACCAGUGGGAGGAGGACAGUCAGUGUAGUGAGUGCUAUGUGCUCGCUCCAAAUACAUUAAGUCCUACCUGAGGAAGGAGAAGUCUCACGAGCACGUUAUCCUCCUGCUCAACAAGUGUGACCUUGUACCCACCUGCAUCACGGUGCUAGCCCCUGGGCACUCGCUCCAAACACAUUGAGUCCUACCCGAGGAAGGAGAAGUCUCACAAGCACGUUAUCCUCUUGCUCAACAAGUGUGACCUUGUACCCACCUGCAUCACGACUCGUUGGAUCUCGCUGACUACCCAACUCUUGCGUUCCAUGCUAGUCUCACCAACUCGUUCGGUAAAAGGUCUCUUAAUUAUCCACUUCAUAAGCUCCACAGAUCAGUGUUGGUUUCAUUGGUUACCCCAACGUGAUUAUCAACACUCUACGCUCCAAGAAGGUCUGCAUUGUGGCCCCCAUUGCCUGGGAAACCAAUUAAAGCAAAUCCUUCGAUGUGGUGGCAGUGUCUUGGUGUACGUAGGUGUGGCAGUACAUCACUUUGAUGUCACGUAUAUUCCUGAUAGAUUGUCCGGGGGUGGCCUACCCAGCUGGAUAUACAGACACUGAGAUUGUGCUCAAUUUUUAAGGUUGUGAGAUCACUACACCCUCAGAGAGGAGAGUCAGGCGUUAACUCAGUGGCUAAGAUCAUUCUCAACAACUUUCAGAGAUGGUGACUCUCGUAUUCUGUGAAGCCCCCAGGCACGAAAAUACCAGCAGGUGCUGAGGCUGAAAGUGCUCAUACACAGAGGAUAAUUAUAUGUACCAUGAACACUGAUGUUUUUUCGUUGGUUAAUUUGUUGAACUCAUUGAUCACUCAUCAUUUUACCUGGUCCAAUUUAGUCUGAGGGCCAGACCUUUUCUCAGAGGGGGGAGGGGAAGAGAGAAAGAGUCCUAGCUCCCUUGAUUUUGCCCCCGAGCUAUUAGGUCUGGCCCCCAGACUAGGUCCAAUUUAAGACGACAAUGAUGGUUGAUGCGCUGAUACCUCCUCGCCUCCAAGAUCAAUACCCCUCGGCCUCCAGCCUUUAACCUGUUGGUCAUGUGUGUGGUUGUUAAGGUGGCGGAAGGUGUGAUAUCGCGACCCCCAGCUCUCAAUGAUGGGUACCCCCCACAGCCAGAGAGAACAUAGACCCCAUGCAGACACUUUUCAGGAAGAUACGAGGGUAUACAAAAAGGCCCUGGAGGGAUCCCACUACACAUACAUGUACGCACAGCUGUGCCGCAGACUCUAGUACCAAACUGAGGAUCCUGGCAGCCAAUCCACUACAUUUCGUAAGCUAGCUGUUACUGCACAAGUGCCAGGAGGAGUUUGGGAACAAGAAAGCUUGUAAGUGGUGUGGUUACUUAGCGACCCCCCCACACAGUGUUUGAGAGGAGAGAUGGGCUCAGCUCAGAGGAGGAGGAGCAGAGGGCAUGGCCAAGAGGAAGAUACUCGGAAACAUCAGAUUCGUCGGGUUGGAUGGACAAGUAUUUUGCACUCUCUGAUGUUGAACCCUGACCUCCCACGGAGAAUUCACUUCAUGCUGGAUUUACGCGAGCUCGGGGCUAACAAGAAGCCUCGUCACUUCUCGAGUCAGCCUGGAUCACGCCCCAACCAUAAGGUACGACAGGGUGUACCACGACAAGCCCUCCUCCCCACUACUAAAGCCAGCAACUUUUCAGAGAAAAACAUGGUCAUAACUGUCCUGGAGAGGGAGGAUAAUUCACAAGUCAUGUGCUUCUACACUCAUUGUUCCUUUACCACUACGUGCUAGGUGUGGGCACUCGCUCCAAACACAUUAAGUCCUACCUGAGGAAGGAGAAGUCUCACAAACACGUCAUCCUCCUGCUCAACACUUAAAGUGUAACCUUGUACCCACCUGGGUGACGCUUGUACCACUCCAUUUGGAUUCGCUGUUGGACUAUAUCAAAUACUCGAUGAUCUCGGUAUACUGUUAUCUGACUACCCGACUCUUGCGUUCCAUGCCAGUCUCACCAACUCGUUUGGUAAAAGGUCUCUCAUCCACCUCCUAACGCAGUUCGCCAAGCUCCACGAAGAUAAAAUUGAAACAGAUUGGUGUUGGUUUCAUUGGUUACCCCAAGGCAGGCAAGAUCUCCCUUGUCAACACUCUACGCAUUCAAAGAAGGUCUGCAGUGUGGCCCCCCAUUGCUUGGGAAACCAAUUAAGGUGUGGCAGUACAUCACUCAGAUGCCACGUAUUUUCCUGGUAGAUUGUCCAGGGGGUAGUCUACCCAGCUGGAUAUACAGACACUGAGAUUGUGCUCAAUUGUUAAGGCUGUGGUUCGUAUAUAGAGAUGACCACACCCCCAGAGAAGAGAUUCGGACGUUAACUCAGUGGCCAAGAUCAUUCACAACUUUCAGAGAUGGUGACUCUUGUAUUCUGUGAAGGCACGAAAGAUGCCGGCAGCAAAUAAUCGGCUGGUGCUGAGGCUAAAAGUGCUCAUACGGAGAGGAUAUAUGUACCAUGAACAAAGAUGACUGAUGUUUCAUUCAUUAAUCACUCAUCAUUUUAAAUUUUUUUGCCUGGUUCAAUUGUUGCUACAUGUUGGAGUGAAUUUUAUCUUAUAGGCAAAUUUAA